CUUAAUGAUCUCAAAGGUCGUUCCCAUGUGUGGCGAAGUUUUACAGUGAUUUCGAGCCAGUAUUCUAACUUAUAGGACAAAACUUGUUAGAGUUAUUCAUUUACGUCCUGAUCCUGAUCCGUGGUGUGUACACGUCGAGCUAUUUCUUGGGCAGUAUAUCUUUAAUUGAUUGAGGCGUGUUGCCUUCGUAUCCCUGACGAUGAACUGCUCACUCCCAUGCCUGCUUUCGGCCUUGGUCGUAAUCCUGGUCGCCUUUGACUUCGUUCAGGGUGAGAUGAAACCAACAAAAUUUGCAAAAGAGGUCGUUUGCGAAGGCUGUCACGCUGUAAUAGCAGAGACAAACAAGAUUUUUGGGAAGGGGAAAAGAACAGACAAGACGGUCAUGAAUUCAUUGCGAGGAAUCUGUAACGCUCAGAGACUCAACCAGUACGAGUUCAGUCCACCAACCAUGAAGAAAGUCUGUGAUUACUGGACAGAGAAUUAUGAGACUGAGAUCAAAGCUGCCCUGACAAACGGUCUUCCUGAGGACGAACAGGAGAUCGAACUCUGUUGGAUCUCCACUGAUAUCUGCAAAGGUGUCGAUCGCUCGCAUUUCAGAAUAAAUAAAUACGAAGGGCCGAGCAAGCGAAAAAUUCUGGCCGCGACAAAAGCUAGUACAGGAGAGGCUGUCGACGAAGUCACAGAUGAGCCACCGGCAGAGAAGAAGGAAGAUGUCAAAGAGGAAAAGAAAGAUAAAAAGACGUCUGGCAAGAAGUCUUCAAAGUCCAAGACGAAGAAAGACGGAAAGGGAAAGGAUGAACUAUAAUGCUUGUAAAAAAUAGGUUAAAAUUCACGCUAGGAUUAUAAACCACUUGAUUAUCUAUACUGAUAGCGAAUUUAUCAAAAGAUAACCUCAUACUGAUCAAUUGUUAACCUAAAGUUGUCAUAAAUCAGACUUUAAUAUUUUAUUAAAAAUAUUAUGAUGCAAGAUCAAGGAUAUACAAAUGGACGAUUUCAAAUCUUAAUAUCUUAUGUCCCGUAUAACAAGUGAAAAGUCUCUUGGCAUGACCAUUUAAUAAUACGUAGUACCUGAAAGAACUAUUAAUAAAUGACCUUUUAAGAGAUUUUCGUUUAAUGGGCGAAACAAAGAAAUAGGCGUACAUGUCAUAAUUUUGUCGUCGGUGCACAUUUUAACAGAAUCGCCGAGAUGUGUUUUGCUUCAACAUCUGUUUUCUUAAAAUAUUGCUGUAGAUGAUAUUUUGUAUUUACAUAAGGAAAAUUAACAUUACUAAAGAGACCUUUGAAUCAUCCAUGUUUUGACGAUACAACAAAUUUGAAAAUUAUUAGGAAUGACCCUUCACUACAAAACGUUUACCAUGCAUGUACUCCGAACUCUCCGACCUUUACAAGUCUAAUUCAUUCCAGUCUGUGCAAUUCAAUCGCUGCAUGUGUGAUGUGUCUAAUUUUUGUCUAAGGUUCAUCUAAAAGAAAAAAUGCUAUCUGAACACGGGUUAUUAUCUGUUUUUUCUUCAAUCUCACUAAAUGUUAUUUAGCGUAUUUCAUCUGUAUUCUUUUUUUUAUUUUUCAUGAUCAUGGAGAGAAAUUGAAUAAUUGUAAGUUAGAUAGUUUAUUGAAUGUAUUGAUGUAGUGUGUUUUUUCUUCUUCAGAAUAUUAAUAAAAAUUUAUUGUAUAUAAUUGGCA